AAAGUGUGUGCGUGUUUGUGUGUGUGUGUGUGUGUGUGUGUAGCCCCGAAAGUGAGCUGGAUGAUGAACUGAGCUGCAAAUAAGACACAAAUCUUCAACAGAAAAGCGGCACGGAGCCGUUUUUCACUGACUGAGUGAUGUGAAAAAUCCCGAUCGGGAAGAUCUUGCCUGGCCGAGCAGACUGGAGAGAAGAAGCAGGACUUUUCGUGCCUUUUUGGUGCUCACGCUGGCCAUCAGAUGACCAAGUUGUGAAAAGUCUAUCUGCACGGUCCUUUGCAGUUUUCACCUCGAUACUUCGUAUUAGAGUCAUGGCUAUCUUGUCCUCCUCCUCCAAUCUCCUGCUCCUUCUCCUGAUUUCCUCCCCGGAUUGGCUGUCCACCCCAGGAUCUGCAUUUCUGAUGGACCAAGACCACACAACAUCAUCAGCUCCCUUUGAACCUCAUUUCACAGAGUGCAUAUCAAGGGACCAGGAGACAUUCCGAUGUUGGUGGAGUCCAGGCAACUUCCACAACCUGUCCUCUCCUGGAGCACUCAGAGUUUUUUACCUGAAAAAAAACGGGCCCACCAGUGAAUGGAAAGAGUGUCCAGAGUACAUCCAUUCAAACAGGGAGUGCUUCUUCGAUGCUAACCACACCUCCAUUUGGGUCACCUACUGCAUGCAGCUCCGCAGCCAAAAUAUCACCUAUUUCGACAAAAAAGACUGUUUCACUGUGGAGAAUAUCGUGCGUCCUGACCCACCAGUGUCUCUAAACUGGACUCUGCUGAAUAUAAGUCCCUCUGGGCUAAGUUAUGAUGUCAUGGUCAACUGGGAGCCUCCGCCCUCUGCAGACAUCGAGGCAGGCUGGAUGCGUAUUGAGUACGAGAUCCAGUACAGAGAAAGAAAUACCACAAAGUGGGAAGCAUUAUCGACGCAGCCUCAGACCCAGCAGACAAUCUACGGCCUGCGCAUAGGAACGGAGUACGAAGCGCACAUCCGCUGCAGGAUGCAGGCCUUCACAAAGUUUGGAGAGUUCAGUGACUCCGUCUUCAUUCAAGUGACUGAGAUUCCCAGCAAAGAGUCUUCUUUCCCGCUCAGACUGGUUCUUGUUUUUGGGGUUGUGGGCAUCCUCAUAGUCAUCACGCUAAUUGUCAUCUCCCAGCAGCACAGAUUAAUGAUGAUUCUGUUGCCACCGGUUCCUGCACCCAAAAUUAAAGGCAUCGAUCCAGAGCUGCUAAAGAAGGGGAAACUGGAUGAGUUUAAUCUAAUCCUGAGUGGUGGAGGAAUGGGUGGCCUGCCAACUUAUACGCCAGAUUUCUACCAAGAUGAACCAUGGGUGGAGUUCAUCGAGGUGGAUGCCGAGGAUGCAGAUGCUGUAGAGAAAGAGGACAACCAGCGCUCAGACACCCAGAGGCUUCUGGGUCAGCCCCGACGCGUUAGUCACCACGUGAAUAUGGGGUGCACCAAUGCCAUCAGCUUCCCUAAUGAUGACUCAGGCCAAGCCACCUGUUAUGACCCAGAUGUGCCCGACCAAGACACCCUGAUGCUGAUGGCCACACUGCUGCCAGGCCAACCUGAGGACAGAGAAGCCUCCUUCGAUAAUGUAGAAAGAGGUCCAACCCCAGAGACAUGCGAGAGGCCCCUCAUCCAAACCCAAACUGAAGGGCCCCAGACUUGGGUCAACACAGACUUCUAUGCCCAGGUCAGCAACGUGAUGCCCUCUGGAGGAGUGGUGCUGUCUCCUGGUCAGCAACUGAGAAUCCAGGAGAGCACUUCAGCCACAGAGGAUGAAACACAAAAGAAGGCAAACGAGCACAAAGGCAGCAAGGAGAUGAAGGAGGAUAAAAAGCAGAAGGAGUUGCAGUUUCAUUUACUAGUAAUGGAUCCUGAAGGAAACGGCUACACCACGGAGAGCAACACCCAGCAGAUCAGCACUCCCCCUAGCUCCCGCAUGCCUGGAGAGGGAUAUCACACCAUACACCCUCAGCCAGAGGAGACCAAACCUGCAGCCACAGCAGAGGAUAGUCUGUCACCUUACAUUCUUCCUGACUCUCCACAGUCCCAGUUCUUUGCCCCUGUUGCAGACUACACAGUGGUACAGGAGGUGGGCAGUCAGCACAGUCUGCUCCUCAACCCGCCUCCCCAUCAGUCUCCCCCUCCCUGCCUACCACAGCAUCCCCUCAAGGCCCUUCCUGCUAUGCCUGUAGGUUACAUCACCCCAGACCUUCUGGGGAACCUCUCACCGUGAAAUGACAGUGCCAUUAGGCCUUUAGGUGUAGAGAUGAUUGACAAGGAAGUCACCUGCAUUCGCAGAAGCUUCUUUCUACCUGAUUCCUGCUGGAAACCAUAUAAUUUUCAGCACACAGUGUAGGUGAGCACAUACAGGUGUUUGUUUUGAAAGGAUGCUAAAAGGGAGACAUGAGAAGCUACAAGCUGUAUUCUUGACUCUUUUACAUCUGCUCCAUCUAUUGAUUUGAUGCAGCGGCAGCCAAAUGUAAACAAACCAAAUGCACAGUUUCCUCUAUUUGCUCACAUCCAUGCACAACACACACACACACAGUUAACAGGCUGAGACUGUGAUUGUAAUGAGUGCAAAAGCAUUAGCUCACUUCUUAACUGCCUCGGGUCGCAUUACACCAGUCGCUAGCUGUGUUUGCGAGCAAUGACAAUGUUGUCUUAAUCUUACAGAGAGAUGUCAGCGUGUGAUAGAUUGGGAGAAGACAAGCACAUUCUAGUCAUGUAUUUCACGCCACAUGGAGAAGAAGUGAUUGCUGUUGUUGGUACCUCUUGCUGGCAGAGGUGUUUUGCCGCCCAAUUGUGGCUUAUUUUAUAUUCUAAAAUUUCUUAUGUCAUCAUGUCAUCUUCUUAGUACUUCAAUAGAAAUAUAUUUUUUUAUACAAAAAGGCAUUAGCUUAAAGAAAAACCCACCAUGAGAUACAGUUGAAAACACAACUAUGCAGUUUUACCUCACAUUCCUGGCUUCAUUUUGUUUAAUGGUACGCUGUUCAUAUUUUCAUGAAUAAGUGGCCAAAUGUAGAUGAUAUGAUGUCACACUAGAGUUUAAUAGAAGAAAUACUUUCAGCAAAUGUUAAAAACAUCCAGCAGGCUAUGAAUGUACACACAGAGACAUGAGUAUUCGGGACAAAAUGUCACCAUCCUCUCAUUGAAUAAUAGUACCAUUUUAUCUCUUUCCUUCUGUGGGGGAUACUGAAUGGCAUUCUUGGAAAUGAAGGAAAUCACAAACUGAAGGAGAAGUAGAGGUGACAAAUUCAAUAUUUGUUUCAAUUUCAAUAUUUCUUCCUAAACUAAUUCCCAGAAUGCAGUGCAGAUUGCCGGCUGAUUCUACGUGUCCCAGCAGCAUGAACUGAGUUGAUUUAUUGUCAUUUUAUUCUGACAUGCGUACUGAACAUGUCAGUUCUUGUAGCAAGAGGAAGGACGUAUUCAGAUUCAUUUAUUCAUUGCUCAGUAACAACAGUGUAGUGUAGUACACUGAGCACCCCCAAGUGCCUUGCUCAUGGGCAUGAUGAUAAAGUCGUUUAGCAGAGGGGAAGGGACAUGGACACACACACACGCACACACACCCAGCACACAUCCAGCAUUUCAUCCUGCAGCCAAGUCGCAGCCAGCGCUCACUCAUAACCUGUCACUUUAAUGGAAACCUCUUAGGAGUCAUCUUUCAAAUCUGGAGUUGUAUUCUUCUCAUGUUGCGUUGUUAUUGCAGGGACAGCAACUGGAAUAAGUUGAAAGACUGUGAAAGUGUGUAAUAGCUGUAAUUAGCUAACAUUUUAUACUUAUUAUCUGCCAAGUAUACCAUGUUAACAAGCUGUGCCUAUGAUAGUGUUAUUGGCUUGCCAUUUCUGUGCUAAAAUAUAAUUAUGAUUUUUGCAUUGCUAUGUACAGCUAAGUACAGCUAUGUAUUGGCGAAUUGGUGUAAAGCCUUUGUGCGUAGAUUCACUACUAAAAACAUUAACCUGCAUGCACAUGAACACACACACACACACAUUUCUGAGGCCACUAAACCCAAAUUUGUUCAUUUCAGAUAAUGCUUGUAAAGCUUAUCACAAUUUCCAGGUCAAAUGUUUUGAUUAUGAUUAGGUGCUGAAAGACUUUACAUGACUUCCAAGUUCUAGUUUGAUAGAGCAGUAAAUUCAUAGCUAGAAAUUAGUAUUUUUCAGAAAAUCUGAAUCCGAUAAGACAUGGACUCCUAGUUACUUUGCUUUUAAUAACCAAAUUCAAGUUGUUAUGUAGGCAGAAUCUGUUGCUCACUCACAUUACAGUGGAAAAUUACCCUCGGUUAUUUGACAGUCUAAUCAGUAAUCCAUGUAAUAAUGGUCUUUGUGGGUGAGAGGAUAGCAGAGUUUUCAUCCCAUUAAUUCUACAACCACAAAAGCUUUGACAAUGUGUCUGUGACACUCACAGCAGCAUAGCAUACUGCAUUAAAGAAGCAAACUAAGCUUAGUUCAAUAUAGAGCAUGCAAUGAGUGUGGAUUUGUUAUACAACAUAAUGAAUUUCAUUUCAACAAGCCCAUGAAUGAGUCAGAAGCAUUGCUAGUAUAAACAUCAAGGCAGCCUUCAAAUAGUCACACCACACCUUAAACAAAACAUACACAACUUCACAGUGUUUAGGAGAUUUGGAAUCAUGUUGUUCAGGAAUCAUCCUUGAGAUAAGCAGGCCAAUGACACAGUAAGAAUAGGUCUCUUGUAUCAGACAAUCUCAUAAUGAAGAGAAACAAAGCAAGAGCCAUGAACUGACAAUUUUUUAAUGUGAAUAUGGUAGAUAUGUGCCAUUUAUCUCUUUGUGUGUCUUUCUUUUUUUGAAUAAAGCUCAGUGUUCUGUUGUUGUUGCCUAGUGCUGAUGAUACCAGCAAGUCAAUGCUGUUGCAGAAAAGUCUUAAUAUAUUUACUAGUGCCGUAAAAUUGCGAGUAUGUAUUUUUUUAUUUCACUAAUCACAACGUAUUGCUGCUCAGUACAUGUAUUUUCCCUGCGUUCGGCCUUACUGUGGUGGGAUGGGGUCAUUCAAGCGAGUACAAAGACCACUAUUGUGUUCAUGUAUAAAUGUUUGUGAAAACGUUCAAAUUGGAUGGCAUUCGACAAUGUUCUGCAUAAGAGGGAUUGGAUUAUUUGUCUGAUUUAUCUGUACAGCCGUCUGGAACAGUAGGACUGGUUGUGCCCCAGAGUCGAGGCAGUCAUCUCGUGAUGCAUUCACAGUGUUUACGUCCAUCCAAAGAUCCCCAGAAGGCUUUCUGCAUAUAUGAAGGAAGAUCAGAUUAUGGAGAGAAGCACUGGCAAGGUUCUGUUUGUACCAUGGUGAUUGUGAACGUGUGCAAACUGGAAUAUGCAAUGGAAUUAUUAUGAUAUUGAGGAAAAGUUAGAAAAACAAAAAAAAGUUCAAUCACUGAAAGUGUUUUUUUAAAGGGUUACAGUGAGAAAGCUAAAUUGGGAGGUGCUUUUUUUGUUCAAUCUUACCAGCUUACUGUACAGGUGUUUACUACAUUGUUUCUGCAGUUUUUCUUUUUCCUUUUUUAGCCAGUUCACAGUGAGCUCAUUUUUAAUGUAGUGUAAUGUAGUUUGCAACUGUUGUUUCAAGCUUAUAAAUGUUACGGACACUUUAGAGCAAGCACUUUGUACACAUAUAUAUCUGAUGUUUAGCAUUCAGAUUUUCUAUUUUGGACUAAAUCAAGUCUAUGAAUUGCCUGUUAUUACAGAACAUAGAACGUGUUUUUUAUUCAGCACAAUAACCAGACAAUGAGGAUCCUUCUCUAUCAAUAAGCUUCAGUUUUGUUCUACAGAGUUUAUGUUUGUCAGACAUAUUUUACUCUACCAGAUUGAUAGGAUGAUGUACUGUAAUGGAGUAUUUAAUGUGUGCUACAAGAUUUAUGGAUAGAUAGAGCAUAUAGAUAUAGUUUUUAUGAAGUCAUAUCAAAAUAUAGGCAGAGUGAAAUAGUUAUACUGUAACUCAACACUCUUUUUCUCCCACUAUGUGAUUUCAGAAUUUCAUUAUUGAAAAGUACAUUUCAAUGGGCUACAGUGUUUUAUAAAGAUGUAUUAUGGCCUCCAGGUUUCUUGAUGUUGUGUCGGUUCAAGGGUGGCUUUUGUCGCUCUGUUCAGCCUGAAAGUAAUCUUGAGUGUUGGAAUUUGUGCUGGUUGCAGCUCUUUAUCAAACAAAGAGCAUUCAACCAGACAUUUCUUCAGCUUGUUUGGGAAAUAGUUUAAUUCUUGACUUGAGUAAAGUCACACCCUCUUUUUUUAUGGCUAAGUUCAGUGGCUCCACUUUGAAUUUCUAUUCACACGUUAUUUGUCUGCUUUGAGCCCUCAGAUCAACCCACAGCCUUAUCUGACAGCAGAUAUAAAACAGUAAAAAUAAUCCAUAACGUCAGCAGCUGCACUGCAGAUGUAAGUGAGGAAAGACACAUCGCCAUAAUUUAUUUAACUAUUUGUCCUGACUUUGCUACAUUUUUUUCGUGCCUCAAUCAUAACUUUGGAUCCUCUUGAACUUGGAGCCGCUGUCCUUGUCUGUUGGCUGCUGUUUUACUCAAGGCCAAGAACUGUGGUGACCUUUGAUGGGUUGAUGUUGUUGUCUUACCCAGAUGAGCCUUUCUGGUGUUGUAUGUGUGAUCAAUAAGCUCUCAACAAGUUACACAAUAAAUGUAUAUACAGCAUCUCAA